GGAUCUUUGGUGAGGAUGCAGCGUGGACGCGCACCCGCAGACGAGGCCAGCCGGCCUUAUGGCCGGCGCUGCGCAGCCGCAGAAGAAACCUGCCUGCCUGGCAGCCGGCGCCGCGCAGCCGCAGUGGCCGGCUGGAGGUGCAAGUGUCGGAGCCGGGGAGAAGCUGGGCAAAGUUGGGCGCGUACCGGCCGGGAUGUGGACAAGGUGGGCGCAGUGACCGAAUGGGCGGGGGAGCUCAGGAAAACAAUCAUCAACUACCGCAUUGCACCGUUGGACCCCCUCUGUCCUUCGGUUCGAGGUGCAGGUUUCACAGCUGGUCGAGCGUCAGCUUUAUAUAAUGAACCUACUGCUAUGGCCAGCAACACUCUUGAAGGCUUCCAUGAAGUGAAUUUAGCAUCGCCUGCUUCUCCUGACCAUACAGAACUGUCUCAAUCAGAGACUAAUGAAGCUGCUGCCUCAGGAAUUCUUUAUCAUCCUCAUUCAUUGGUGAGCUCAAGCCCCGUUCAGCCCUGUACGCUGAUUACUGCAGACCUUCCUACCCAGCCGAUUUAUCCUUCUUCUCAGAACCUCAGCAGUGGAGAGUCGAGAAAUGUCAGCAAUAUAUUUUCAAUGCCGUGUGCUACCUCUGGAAGUGUACAUAAUUCACCAAAACAACUGACAAGUGAUGUUGGCAACCAUCGUGCAGAAGUGGAAUUUUUACAAGGUGUACUAGCAAAUGAUGUUCAAGAAGGCGCCGAGGAUGCCUUUGAACAAAGUACAGACAGCCUAUCUCAUUUGAGAAGCCCAUUUGUACAAGAAGUGAGGGAGAAAGGCUAUGAAAGACUGAAAGAAGAACUUGCUAAGGCUCAGAGGGAACUGAAACUAAAAGAUGAAGAAUGUGAGCGCUUAUCCAAAGUUAGAGACCAACUGGGUCAAGAACUUGAAGAGCUCACAGCUAGUUUAUUUGAGGAAGCUCAUAAAAUGGUACGGGAAGCAAAUGUCAAACAAGCAGCAGCUGAGAAACAGUUAAAAGAAGCUCAUGGCAAGAUUGAUGUGCUACAAGCUGAAGUAGCAGCAUUGAAAACACUAGUCCAGACUUCUUCACCAACAUCACCCAUGAAGGAGCUUCAAUUGAAUGCAAAACCUCAUUUUAAAAAGGGACAUGCUCGAAAUAAAAGUACAAGUGCCAUGGCAAGCAACAGCCAAGAGAUGAAUGUGAUACAACCUAUUGCAAGAGAUUGCAAAGAAGUUGAUUUGCUUCUGUUUGGUGAAUUUAAAGCAUGGAAAGAAGAACCAACAAUCGAUAAAACCUGCUGUUUUUUAGACAGAAUAUAUAAAGAAGAUAUAUAUCCUUGUUUGACCUUUUCAAAAAAUGAGCUAGCUUCCACAAUUCUUGAAGCUGUGGAAGGGAAUACUCUAAGCAUAGAACCAGUUGUUUUUCAACCUCUCCCUGUUGUGAAAGCUUCUGCAGUGGAAUGUGGAGGGCCCAAGAAGUGUGCACUGAGUGGUCAAACUAAAACUUGUAAGCACCGAAUUAAGUUGGGAGAUUCCAGUAGCUACUACUAUGUUUCACCAUUUUGUAGAUAUAGGAUUAUGUCUGUAUGUAACUUCUUCACUUACAUUCGAUAUAUUCAGCAGGGUCUAGUUAAACAACAAGUUGAACAAAUGUUUUGGGAAGUGAUGCAUCUGAGGAAGGAAAUGUCACUAGCCAAACUUGGAUUUUACAAGGAAGAACUCUAAGAUUCAGUCUGGAAAAUAAAAUGCAUGAGCUUUGAGUGAUCAACAAUGUGGUUUCCAGAACUUCCUAGUCUGAAAUAUUUAUUUUUCUUAUAAUAGGUGUAUCAUCUGGUUCUUUUUCCCUAGUGACUUGUACUUAAGUGACAAAAGACGGUUUCCUUUCUUGCAAGUAUUUAGUAUUGUCAUUUUAAGAACUAUUUGGAGAAUUUGCAACUGUAUCAGUGGCACACUAUAUAAAAGAGGUGGGUGGAAUAAGAGCAGCUGAAAUAAAUAUUGAGCUCAGUUAAGCAAUUUGUUUGCUGGAGAAUUGGAUGUUUGUGUAUUAGUUGUGUUUUCAUACGCUCUAUUUCCUUUUUUGGAUGUAAAUCAUUUUUUCCCAUUUGAAUUUAACAUGUAUUAAUAAUGGUUUGAGUUAUUCAACUUUUGCAUCGUGCACUUUAGUGUUUUCAGAGAGCAAACUUUUUUCAAAUCUAGCCAACUGAGACAGUAAAGUGUGAAAUCUAUUAAUUAUAUAUGACUGUAACAAUCUAAACAUUUCCUAAAUGGCAAUAAAUCUAUUCUGGUAAAUGUUCUAGAUUGCAGCUUUGAAUAUUACCUGCACAUGAAGGUUAUAUGGGAAUAUGGAUUAUUCUGAAUCACUAGAAAUGAAUAAUAAGUGAACUUAAUGAAAUAUUUGACCUAUUGAGAGAGCAUUAUUCCUAUCUUUUUAUACUUCAAUAGAAUUACAAUAUGAAAAUUCAAAAUAUCUAUCUCAUUUCCUUCAUCAAUGUCAUUUAAUGUUUCCUGCACAUACCACGUUGUCACUAGGAUGAGUUUGGGGAAUAAAUUGUUUUUGACUAGG